AUGGCAGCUUUCGGCGCUGGCGGCGUGCGGGUGGUCGGCGCCGAGGAGGCGGAAAGCCUCGGCUUGGCAGUGGCCGUGGCCACAGAACAGCACUUGGACCCUCUCUCGCAAUUCAAAUGGACUAUUAUUUCAAUUUCUCUGCGAAACACCGGCGGAAACUUCGUGGAAUUCCUCUUUGCAACUUUUCUCGCCGGGCGGAAAGCCGGGCGCCAGUGCAGGUUCCCGCGGCUCGGAAACUGGCUGAUCCGGACUUGUCCGCAGCGCCACAAGUCUCCAAAGGCAAAAGCCCAUUUGCUGCAGAGUCUUCACAGAGUUGAACUUCGCCUUGAAGUUCCCGCAACAGGGCAGCUGUACAGACACCCCGGAGGCGCGCCCCCCGCCGCAGCAGCGGACUCCGCGGCUCUGCUGCUGCCCGCCUUCGGCCUCGCGGCCGCGCCCCAGCAGCAGCAGCAGCAGCAGCAGCAGCAGCAGCAGCAGCAGGGGCGCGCAGCAGGCCCCUCGCGCCUGUCGAUCCUCGACUCGGCGCAGGAGCAGCAGCAGGAAGCUGCAGCACCGCAGCGGCUGCUGCUGCAGCAGGAAGCUGCAGCAUCGCAGCGGCUGCUGCUGCAGCUGCGGGCGCAGCAAGCCUACGAAGUGUCGAAGCAAAAGAGCCAGCAGCAGCAAACUGAAAGUACCCAAGCUUCUGACUGCAGGGGGCCCCCACAGGGGCCCCCCUGGGGGCCCCCCGGGGGCCCCCCCUGCGCCUCCACUCAAGAGGAAGACUGGCAAACUCUUGCUGCUGAAUAA